CCAAAAACGCUGCAUGCAGCUAUUCUGAAGAUGCUGGUUCUAGAUGGUGAAUCAGUCUAUACCUUGACUUCUCAUCCUAUUUUGCUGCUUAUAGCAAGGAUAAUUCUUGUGAAUUCAAGACACAAACUUGCAUCUUUCCAGACAUUAUCUUGGUGGACUCUAAGAUAUGUGAAUAUUCACCAGCAGUUGUUAGAGGAGAGAUCACCUGAGCUAUUUACUCUUGCCCAGACCUGUAUAACACAAGUGACAGAAGCAGAAGCUUUGUUCGCAGGUGGUGAAAGCUGGCACUUGGCAGUUCAGUUCCAUCUUGAGUGUGCCUAUACAUUUUUGUAUUACUAUGAGUAUAAAAAAGCUAAACAAUGUUUCCAUACAGCUAAAGACAUAACAAAACUGCAGAUUAAUCUUACAGGUGCUUUGGGGAAGAGAACACGAUUUCAGGAAAAAUAUGUUGCACAGCUUAUUUUGGAUGUCCAAAGAACAGAUGAAUUCCUCCUUCCACACAGUGAACUAAGUCCAGCUCCAACACCUCUAGAAAACUUAACAAUGAAUUAUGAUUUAAAUGAUGAUACGGUGCUUAAUGAGAUAAAAUUAGCAGAUGCUGAUCAGUACCAGGUACCUGAUUUGUGUGCAGAAGAGCUUGCCAUAAUCCUUGGAAUAUGCAAAUACCUGAGUGAAUCUAAACUAAAGGUCAUUUCUUUGGAGGGGAUGACAGAGGAACAGAGCAAUCCUCAGGGCGCCUCAUGCUUGUGCCUUCAAUGCUUACUCUCUCAGCCGAAGUUCUGGGCCAUUCAGACGUCAGCCUUACUCCUUCGGACCAAGCUUGAGAAAGGAAGUACUCGCAGAAUGGAACGGGCAAUGAAGCAGACUCAG